UGUGGAGAUCAAGGAGUAGAUUUACUCAUCGAUCUAUGUCUUAAGUGAGCUGAGAGGGAUCAAGUCUGUAAAGGCCGCGUGAAAGCUCACAUAUCUCUAUCACUCAAAGCGAUGAACUGGGUACAAUUAACAUGUUACUUGGCUGGGAUCAAAUAUCUACUCACUGCAAACCCCAGUCGCACUCCUCGGCAAUGCAAGCAAGCAUACUCUUGAGAAGUGCUUGUUCGACCACAACAAGCAAAAUACCCAGAAUCAUCUUUUCGCGCACGCACCGAUCCAGGCCCAUCAGUAAAAGCAUGCUUCACACUCAAAUCCAUCCUGCCAUGUCAGACUUGCUGAGCGCAAAUGCCACCAAGCGCCUUGCAUAUGCCCACAAUCGCUACGGUAUCCAGAAGUGGGGCUUUGUUGUCUACAGAUGUACUUACGACGAUGACGAGGCCUGGGCACAGCUUAUGGAGCAUAUCAAAACACGCACUAUCGACUCCAUCAAGAGUGACGGCAUCGAAACGGGUAUGAUCGACCGUUUGGAUCUUCCGGUCAUCGAGGAUCCUACCUUAGAAGCCGCAAGCAAGACCGAAGUUCGUUGCAGAUUUAGGAAAUGGGUUCUUGAAAACGCCCAACUCGAACGAGCAUCCGACAGUGACGAAGAUCUUCUCGACAGUUAGCCAGCCCGGCAACGACCACGGAAGACAGAUCGAAGGAAGGCUAUGUCAAUCUCAUCAGAGCUGACUCAGGCUGGUCUUGGGAUGAAUAUGACCCAGCAACCUUCGACCGCGAAGCUGAAGGCUACGAAGAAGAUGAAGACCCACUCGACGAGAACGAGGUGGAGGUAGAGGGCUGCAAGUUACACGACGUGGGAUGGAUGAAGAUCUCACC